AUGCCUGAUUUCAAAUACGCCAAGCCUCAAGUCCUGUCGCGGUGCAUCCUGGAUACCAAAGACGCCGAAUGGAAAAGACUCGUAAAGACAACAUAUCUCGACCCAAAUGGAGUCCAAAGAACCUGGGAGUCUGCCGAGAUGCAGGUGAAUUUCAACUCCCUAUCUCAAAUUUUCCCAUGUCAUAAAGAGAAGAAGAAUAUAGCCACGAUCAACAAGUCCACCACAGGUCCGGAGCUCAUCCUCCUAAAACAAUACCGACCUGCUCUGGAUAAAGUGGUCAUCGAGAUCCCGGGGGGACUGAUAGACCCCGGAGAAAGUGUCGAGCAGUGCGCGGUGCGAGAACUCAAAGAAGAAACCGGAUAUGUGGGAGUUGUGGAUAGGACUAGUAAAAUUUUGUUUAAUUCUCCCGGGUUCUGUAACAAUAACUUCAUUCUAGCGUAUGUGGAGGUGGACCUGUCUCUGGCGGAAAACCAAUCCCCGAAAGCAGAGUUGGAGGAGGAAGAGUUCAUCGAGGUUUUUACGCUGCCUCUGAAAACACUUUUCUCAGACUUGAAGAGGCUCGAGAGGGACGGUUUCGCGAUCGAGACUCGGGUUGUUGCGCUCGCGGAGGGGCUCGAGUUGGCACGAACGUGGAGCUUGUGA